AUGGCGCAGACACGACACCCCCAGCAGCAACAGCAGCCGCCACCGCAGUUCAACAACCAACCUUUCUCCCCUCCCGUCGCCUCGCCCUCCCCUCACUCGGCCUCUCCAGUCAACGGGGGCAUUCCUCCACCCGUGAAAAAAACUGGUCUAUCUCCACAUCCUACCUCACAGUCCCCGUAUGCCUCGCCGAGCUUCAACACGAUGCAACUACCUCCACAGAAUCAACCGCCCAUGAACGGUAUGGGUAUGGCACCAAACAGCAUGCCUGCCACACCAAUUGCGCAGCAAGCUGCUCCGCCUCCAGGAGCUCCAGGCACGAUGGGCCCUCCUUCAGUUCCACCAUCACGCCCAGUGGAUGCUUCAGAGCUCACGGAUGUUUUGGCGUCAUCGGGUAUUGAUGUCAGGGAGGAAGAAGCUUUUCUCACAAACAGCUUCCCUGGGCGACAGGCGCAGACGCAGACGCCCUCGCGAGGCCCCCCAGAUGCAACAGCCACCCCCAAUCAACACAUCCCGGCAGGUGCGCAAGGAUCAUUCUCUACGGAGCCCACAUCGCAAACCCCAUCCACGAUCAAGGAGCCUUCCCGUGAGGACAGUGAAGCAGCAAGGCGCUCGCAAUAUCAUUUGCAAGAGCCCUUCCUUUUCGCAAAACUCCUGGAGCAACGGAUUCAGAAGCGCGGCUUUGAGCUAGGCGUGCGCAUUCCCUCCGAGGGUCUGUUUCACCCAGUUCCCGGUCGGCCUCAGCCUAUCGAGGUGACUGGGCCCGACGGGUCAUCGGUGGUUCGCACGGGUCAGACAAUUUUGAACCAGGAGGGGGCUCCUUUGGUUGACAUACUGAAUCUCAUGUCUCUCUCCUGCGAGGAGCGACUGCGCGGGGUCAUCGACUACUCCUCCACUCUUGCUCGCAGUCGCCGAGCACACUCACACGGUGUUGUCCCCGCAGAAUGGCAAGAUGUCGCUCAGCCGCUCGGCCCUGUUAAUGGCAACACCUCCACACCUUCCAAGCGCCCUCGCACAGACGGCGAUACCCCUUCCACCAAGCCGACCGCAGAUAGAUACCGUGGCCUUGUUGGAAAGGAAACGUCUUCUGAAAACCGACGAGCUGCAAAGCGCACAAAGCGAAGCACGAAUGCAAUCCUAGGCGAAGGUGCUAGCAUACAAACCACUGCGGGCGAUUUCACUGGGUCGGCGCCUUCCACCCCGAUUGGCGAACGCGCACCCAGCUUUGACAAAAAGUCAAUGACAAAGAAAGAAGCCAGAAAGAUGAUGGACAACAAAGCCAGUGAGGCUCAACAGCAUCAACAGUCCGUCGAAACGGCCCGUCUAGCUACCAACAGCAUGCUUUCGGGUCGCAUGUUCGGCGCUAAGAAGUCCUAUUCAUGGCUAAAACCUGGUGGUUCGUCGAGCGGUUUCUCAUCUCCAUCCCGGCCUGCACCACCCACACCGACUCCCGGGCCAGAGAAAUCGUCGACCGGCAAAUCAGGAGAACCCGCGGCUGGUCCAUCCAAGCGUCGCCUGGGCACUUGGAGGGAGGACCAAGAAAAGGGAGCUGGGAUCCAGGUUCGCGAUAUUCUCUUCAUGCUGGAGGCGGAUGGGCGAGGCACCAAACAUGUGCAAAAGGGCUACUCGAAAGACCCAAAGGAGGACCGCGCGCCCUGA